AUGAUUCCAUUGUUUCGCCAUUUCAACACCAGGCUGGCCUUUUCAUGCGACCUCAUCGCCCUGUCGACUUUUAACUAUGGGUUUGACAACCAAGGCUUCUCCACCACGCAAGCCAUGGAUGCAUUCACGAAGCAGUUCGGAACUUACGUCAAAGCCCACAACACCUACGUUCUGCCUCCGUGGUGGCUUUCGUUGUUCAACAGCUUGAUAUAUGUAGGGUUCGCUGCGGGAGUCAUCAUUGGCGGUGUGGUUAGUUCUAGGUUCGGUCGAAAGACAUGUGUCUUUGCGAUGAGCAUUUACACACUGAUCACGGCAACGAUAAUCAUCACCUCCAAGACUCCAGCGCAGAUACUGGCGGCGCGAGUGCUCAAUUACGUUUACAUCGGCAUGGAACUAUCAGUGUGCCCAGUGUUCCAGUCCGAGAUUGUCCCAGUCCCUAUCCGUGGCCUAAUGGUUGGCUCAUACCAACUGAGCCUCGUCGUUGGCGGACUCGUCAUCAAUUGUGUCUGUCGAGGCACGGAAAACAUACAUGGUAACGCAGCCUGGAGAAUCCCCUUUGGGCUGUUCUAUAUCGUACCUAGCAUCGUAGCCGUUGGGAUCUGGUGCGUUCCUGAAAGUCCAAGAUGGCUUCUUCUGCACGACCGCCACGAAGAGGCACGCCAGAACCUGUACCUUCUACGAAAGUCUACCAAGUCAGACGAAGAGAUCGACGAAGAGUUUGCUGCAAUGUCGCUCGCCAUCCUCGAGCAGCCAGAGCCGGGCCAAUUCAAAGACAUAUGGACUGGGUCCAAUCUCAAGCGGACGAUCAUCCUCCUUCUUGUCAACUUCUUCCAACAAGCCACUGGCCAAGCUUUCGUUUCCAGCUACGGUGUCAUUUUUAUAAAGUCAUUGAACACAGUCAACGCUUUCGACAUGGCCGUAAUCAACGCCGGCGUCAACAUCUUCUCGCUUCUUCUGUGCCUGCUCUUGGUGGACGAGAUCGGAAGAAGACCAUUUCUAUCCGCUGGCACCCUGAUCCAAGCGGCCGCCCUUUUCGCCAUGGCAGGCUUAGGUGCCUCUUCGACACUCACUGACUCCAUAAAGAUAGGCAUUGUGGCAGUAAUCUCGGUGUCGGCAUUUGGAUUCUCCAUCGCAUGGGGGCCAGUCACCUACAUCGUCACCACGGAGCUCAUGAGCGUACGACUGCGAGACGUUACAUCCAGGGUGGCGUUCUUGGUCGGCUUCAUCUAUGGUGCCAUUGCUGUCUGUGGAUUAGUGUUUGUUCUUCUCUGCAUACCGGAGUGCAAGGGUAAAUCUCUUGAACAGAUUGAUCUCUUGUUUGAGCAAGGCGUGCCUCUGCGAAAGUUCAAGCAUUACCAUGAUGACAUUCAACCGGAGGCUCUAGUGUUUGCGCUCUCGCAAAGUGAGAAGGCCCAAAUGUGCAGCAUGAAGGAGUGCGAGGACGUACAUACCUAG